AUGUCAGCUUCACCUACAACACUCGAGAAUCUAUCAGCCGAAUCAGAGUACGCUCUUAAUCCUGAGUAUCGUUAUUCAGUUUACAUAAACCCAAGGCCAGAUCCAGAAUCUAAUAUAGUUUUUCGGACACUUCCACCCGAUUUCUGUAGGUAUGAAUUUUAUGACCUUUCAAAAGAUCAGUGUAUAAAGGAAUUUACUACAAAAAUAAUCAUUGGUCAGCAUUUUAGUUAUCGAUCCGAAAUUAAUGAUCCAAAAUUUUUUGAGGAUUUUCGACAACUAUUUGUUUUGCGUAUUCUCCCAGAUUGGCUCGCAAAGGUUUUCCAACUACCUAAAUUAGGUGGAUCUGACUAUACCAUAAUAAGGGAUUGGUUACGUUUUUUCGAAAAGCUUACAACCGAUUUCGGAUUUGAAGAGUUUUUGAUUAGUCCCGAUACCUUUGAUUGCCGUCGAGUUGAUCAUGGCGUUAGUUACACAGAAUGUCAAACACCGAUGAGAGCCUCAUACAUGAUUGACAUCAUUUGCAUGGCGGUUGUUCAGUGUAUGAAAGUAAAAGAGUUGCUUCCUGAAGAAAUAUAUCCAUCAGAUGGACCAGUGACCUUUUUACAUGUUUGGCAUUAUAUUGUUCGUAAUAAGGGGUGGGCACUGGAGCAAUAUCUAGCUGUGGUAAGAAAGAAAACUGCCAAACAAAGAAAGCGUAUGCGUAUAAAGAGGAGAGCUAGGAGAAAAUGGUAUUUUCCAGAAACUAGUGGCAAGAGAUCCCGAAACUAA